UGCAGAACUACUCCUUUUGGGUUUGUAAAAUGGCCGAGCCAGAGCAUCCAGAAGAAGUGAUGGAAGAAGAGCCCAUGGAGGAGGACUCACUGAUGACCAAUGAUCCCGAUGAUGUGGAAAUGGCCGAAGGGAUGGACGAAGAACAAGAGGAGUACACUGGUGAAAAGUCGAAGAAGAGCAAGAAGAAGGGAGGACGCAAGAACAAGGGUUCAGGAAAGAGAAAGUUGGAUUACCCAGAUCCAGCCACAUCCACAUCUGCGGAGAUGUGCGCAGCUCUCGAUGUUCAGGACGUCACGAUAGAAUAUACAGAGGAAGACUACAAUACCAUAACUAAUCUCAAGAGCUUCAUCAAUCGCGUACGUCCAUCGAUCCUCGAAGUUAAUCCCAAAUGCAACGCCACGAAGGUCUAUCCGCUCAUUCAAGUAAAAUACCGUGAGUUCCAGGAAGAAUUAGCGGCACAGGGUCGCUCGCAAGCUGUGAAAAAGGCGGAGAAACGGCCAAAGCCUCCCGUGGAACAAGACAAGCUGGUGGCUCCCAUAAAAAUUCGUAUCUCUGCAAGAAAGAAGAGAAGAAAUGACUCAGAUGAGGACGGAGGUGCUGCAGACAGUGACCAAGAGUUCGAAACUCUCUUAAAGCAGCAUGAACAUCAGCUGGACGAAGAAGAGAAGGAAAAGGAAGAACGAAGGGCUAGCCGUGCUGCACAACGCGCCGACAGGAGGAAGCAAGCGAUUGAGAAGGCUCAGAUGACUCGAAGGACUAAAAAGAUCGAGCAUCAGGACUAUUGCGAGGUUUGCAGACAAGGUGGAGAAAUCAUCCUUUGCGAUACCUGUCCUCGAGCAUAUCACGUCGUCUGCGUCGAUCCUGAGAUGGAACAUGCACCUGAGGGUGACUGGAGUUGUCCUCAUUGUGAAGAGCAUGGACCCCCACCGCGAGAGGAAGAGCCGGUUAAAGUCAAUAUGGAGUACUGCCGCAUAUGCAAGGGUACAGGAUCAUUGCUAUGCUGCGACAAUUGUCCUAGCUCGUUCCAUGCGUACUGUCUCAACCCACCGCUGAAACAGCUACCCGAAGAAGAAUGGCUAUGUCCCAGGUGUACUAUACCUGAACCAAAACAACGUCCUGAAAAGAUUUUGUGCUGGAGAUGGAUCGAAAUUCCAUAUCCUGAUCCGCUUGAGCUGAAACCAGGAGAGGAACCGGAUAAGGAUGCGGCGAUGCUUUACCCACCUCGUAAAAUGGAACCACGACGAGAAAGAGAGUUUUUCGUCAAAUGGAGGUAUAUGUCAUAUUGGCAUUGUGAAUGGGUCAGCGAGACGCUUAUGGAUGUCUACUUUACUGCGCUGGUGCGCAUGUAUUGGCGCAAAUAUGAUUCUGAGAAUCCACCUAUUUUUGACGAAUCAACUUCUCAGCGGCAUCAUAAGGAUAGCGACCCUUACGAACUUCGUGAAAAGUUCUAUCAGUACGGUAUAAAACCGGAAUGGAUGCAGGUGCAUCGCAUCAUCAAUCAUAUGCAGUAUGGAAAAACUCAGUUCGAUUAUCUCGUCAAGUGGAAAGAGCUCGCCUACGAGCAAGCCACAUGGGAGAGAGAUGAUAUGGACAUCGCGUACUACGAUGAAGCUAUCAAUAAAUACUGGAUACAUAGAGAAAAAAUGUUGGGAGAGCCAAUACCGAAGCACAUAGCAAAGAAGAUCGCUGCUCAGCGAGAAAAGAAGGGACUGCCUCCUCUAGAGAACACCGAGGAGCCUAUGUGCAAAAAGAAGAAGCGCGAGAAGCCAACCGUUGACAUUCGGAAGAAGUACGAAGUGCAACCCGACUUCAUCACAGAAACUGGAGGAACGCUUCACCCUUAUCAGCUGGAAGGUAUCAACUGGUUGCGCCAUUGUUGGUCCAAUGGAACUGAUGCUAUCCUUGCCGAUGAAAUGGGUCUGGGAAAGACUGUGCAGUCGCUGACGUUCUUAUACUCCCUUAUGAAGGAAGGUCAUUCCAAAGGACCAUUCUUGAUUGCUGCACCACUUUCAACCAUCAUCAAUUGGGAAAGAGAAGCCGAGCAGUGGUGUCCUGAGUUUUACAUCGUCACAUAUGUAGGCGAUCGUGACUCACGUAUGGUCAUCCGAGAACAUGAAUUUUCUUUCGUUGAAGGAGCUGUGAAGGGAGGUCCGAAAGCUUCGCGUAUGCGAUCACAGGAGAACAUGAAAUUCCAUGUGCUUCUGACUUCUUACGAGUGUAUCAAUAUGGAUAAGGCAAUUCUAUCUUCGAUCGAGUGGGAAGCGUUGGUGGUUGAUGAAGCUCAUCGUUUGAAAAACAAUCAGUCGACAUUCUUCAAAAAUCUUCGAGAGUACAACAUUAACUAUCGCGUCCUUCUCACCGGAACACCUCUUCAAAACAAUCUCGAAGAGUUGUUCCACUUAUUGAACUUCCUUGCUCCGGAUCGCUUCUAUGACCUGGAAUCCUUCACACUUGAGUUCGCUGAAAUCUCAAAGGAAGACCAGAUCCAAAAGCUGCACUCUCUUCUUGGUCCCCAUAUGUUGCGUCGUCUCAAAGCUGAUGUGUUGACUGGUAUGCCUUCUAAGAGCGAACUGAUUGUUCGGGUGGAGCUCAGUUCUUUGCAGAAGAAAUACUAUAAAAAUAUCCUUACGCGCAAUUUCGAUGCUUUGAAUGUCAAGAACGGUGGCUCGCAAAUGUCGCUGAUCAACAUCAUCAUGGAACUGAAGAAGUGUUGUAAUCAUCCUUAUCUAUUUCUCAAAGCUAGUCUAGAAGCUCCAAAGCUGAAGAAUGGAAUGUAUGAGGGGAGUCAGCUAAUCAAAAAUGCAGGGAAAUUUGUUUUGCUGCAAAAAAUGAUGCGCAAACUGAAGGAGACUGGCCAUCGCGUCCUGAUUUUCUCUCAGAUGACCAUGAUGCUAGAUAUCUUGGAAGACUUCUGUGAGGUGGAAGGAUAUAAGUAUGAGCGAAUCGAUGGUUCAAUCACAGGGCAGGCUAGACAGGAUGCUAUUGAUAGAUUCAAUGCACCUGGUGCUCAACAGUUCGUGUUCCUACUUUCCACUCGUGCUGGAGGUCUCGGAAUCAACUUGGCUACUGCCGAUACUGUAAUUAUCUACGAUUCCGAUUGGAAUCCUCACAACGAUAUACAGGCGUUCUCCCGAGCACAUCGUAUCGGACAACAAAACAAAGUGAUGAUCUACCGAUUUGUAACCAGAAACUCUGUUGAAGAGCGAAUCACCUCUGUGGCCAAGAAGAAGAUGCUUCUGACUCAUUUGGUUGUCCGAGCUGGCUUAGGGCAGAAAGGCCCAAGUAUGAGCAAGUCAGAACUGGAUGAUGUGCUUAGAUGGGGAACUGAAGAACUGUUCAAAGACGAUGAGCCUGCACCAACAGAGGGAGGUGAAGGAGGAGAGGGCAAGAAAGCCAACGAAAAUGAAAUAGUCUGGGACGACGCAGCUGUAGAUGCCCUGCUUGACAGGACGAGGGAUAACGAACCAAAGGACGGAGACAAGAAGGAGCACUGGACCAAUGAAUACCUUAGCUCGUUCAAAGUUGCCACCUACACGACAAGAGAAGCUGACGAUAAAGAGGAGGAAGAGGAGGAGGACAUGGAAGUAAUAAAGGAAAAUGACAAGGAUCCAGAUCCUGACUAUUGGGAGAAACUCCUGCGACAUCAUUACGAGCAAGACCAAGAGAUGGAAGCACAAAAACUGGGCAAAGGCAAACGUCUUCGAAAGCAAGUCAACUAUGCUAGUGAGAAUAUGGGACAAGACUGGCAGAAAGAGCAACAGAACAAUGAAGACGAUGAUUUGUCAUCAUACGAUGGCGGCUCAGAGAAGGCGUCUGGUGAGCAUUCCGAUGACGAUUUCGAUGGAAUCGGUGGCGAACGGAAGAAGAAGCGUGAACGAGACAAUGAGAAACUUCCGCCAUUACUUGCGAAAGUGAAUGGGCAGCUUGAAGUUCUUGGUUUCAAUCCACGCCAACGUCGCGCAUUCUAUAACGCUGUAAUGCGAUGGGGAAUGCCACCACAAGACGCAUAUCAGUCUCAGUGGCUGACGCGUGACUUGAAGGGAAAAUCUGAGCGAGCUUUCAAGACCUACACAUCUCUGUUCAUGCGCCAUCUGUGCGAGCCAGGUGCAGAUACCCAGGAGACCUUCAACGAUGGCGUUCCAAGAGAGGGACUAAAUAGGCAGCAUGUUCUGACGCGCAUUGGAAUCAUGAGUUUGAUCAGAAAGAAAGUUCAGGAAUUUGAACAAGUCAAUGGUGAGUGGUCAAUGCCUGAGAUGCGCACGAAAGUGUUGGAAGCUGCUGGUAACAACCCAGUCAAAACCACUUCAUCUUCGAAGGCAAGCAGUCGCGAGCAUAGUGUAGCUCCCGAUGAGAAAAAAGAAGACAGCAAUGAUGUGCCUGAGCAUCCAGAGCCGGUGAAGACGGAGGCGACUGAAACUACGUCGCCGGAAUCAAAAGCGGGUUCCAGUGCUGCGUCCACCGCGGAAGAUGAGCAUGAUGAGCACGCCAAAAAAGGACGUCUUCCAUUCAAAUUUAAUAUCGCCGACGGUGGUUUCACUGAACUGCAUACACUAUGGGUGAAUGAGGAAAAGGCAGCUGUGCCAGGGAACGAGUACGAGAUCUGGCAUCGACGCCAUGAUUACUGGCUUUUGGCGGGAAUUGUUCAAUAUGGAUACGGAAGGUACCAAGACAUACAAAUUGAUCCACGAUUUGCCAUUAUCAACGAGCCAUUCCGUCAAGAGCAAGGAAAAGGAAAUUUCCUCGAGAUUAAGAAUAAGUUCUUGCAAAGACGCUACAAGCUACUGGAGCAAGCUCUUGUAAUCGAAGAGCAGCUACGACGUGCUGCUUACAUGAAUCUUCAAAAUUCUACCACCGACGGCACGGCACAGUUGGCGCAGCGAUUUGCGGAUAUCGAAAAUGUUGCCGAUUCACAUGCAAAUGUUGCGAAGGAUUCUGCUGCAGGCAACAGGAAUGCCAACGCCGUCUUGCACAAAGUGCUUAACCAGCUAGAGGAGUUACUCUCUGACAUGAAAGCCGACGUGUCUCGUCUGCCGGCCACUCUGUCACAGCUUCGUCCUGUUACUCACAGAUUGGCCAUGACUGAGAGGCAAAUAUUGUCGCGACUGACAUCGAAAGAUCCUGAUGCCAUGGCUGGUAAAUCUCCUUUGCCUCCACCGGGUCCAUUCGUGACUCCCACACUUGGACAACAGCUUUCUGGUAUACAACCAAAGUUUGCUGCCUUGCAUCAACCUGGAAAGAUCUCUGGUGAUUCCAUGGACGUUGCCGAUGGCCCUUCGCCGUCUGAAAGUUCACAAGAAAAGAAAGAUAAAGAAGAAGAGGCUAAAUCUGCACCUGUACUUGACGAAGAAUCCCCCAUGGACCUUUCUGCCCCCACAGCUCCGGCGCAAAGCUCACCCGCUGUUACAAAAGCUGCACCUGGAACUCCACAACCGGCUUCCGCUCCGGGUGAAACAAAUGCUGCGGCGGAGACAGCUACUCCUACUCCACCGCCGACAACUACGUCGGCAGAAGCUUCGGACAAUAAAGAAUAAUUUGUUGGUUUUUUUCUUGUAGCCUAAUUGAAACUUUGUGCAAAAGCUUUUUAGUUUUAUCAUAAUUUAUUUCGAUAGUUCUGUCGGUUUUAUGUCUGUUGAAUACGUGCUGGUGCCCUUUGGCAAAGUUUUGCGGUUGUCUUUUCUGGUUUAGUCAUUGUAUGAUGUAUUCUUCCCUGUCUGCAUGUUUUUACUCUAUAUAAAUUUGUCGAUCU